UCAUUCUCUUUGGGUUUAGUAAAACAAACUUUGUCGACAAAAGCGGUUGACUAUACUCGAAAGUAUUCAUUUUACUGAGGCAUAAGAAGAAAAACAAACAACAUGUGCAAGUGCCUAACCGAAAACGUAGCCUGCUGCUGCUUUAACUGUGCGCUAAGUGUGCUCAUUUCAAUCAUCAGUACAUUUUUGGUGGUUAUCAUUGUGGUUGGAUUGGCCGUCUACUUUAUUUACUACUACGAAAAGGAGGAUGAUGUUACUAAACUCACUAAUAAGGUGACUGAUAACAUCCAGUCAGGAUUUGAUAAAAUCAAGGACGCACUAAGCAAAUAAAACUAAGAAUGAUAACGCACAAAAAUGUUCCAUGCUUGCAAAUUUCCAUUGAUUCAGAUUAAUUGCCACCAAUUUACACAAACAAACACCGCCGGAGCCUUUAGAGGAGGAUAAUUGUUAAACUUUUUCAGUAACAGUACAAAUAAAUAUAAUAAACACACUCCAAACAUUAUUGUGAAUCUCCCCCUUACAGAAAGUUUUAUAAAUCUUUAUUGAUACUUAUUAAAUACAAGGGAAAAUACUUUCUUAAAAUGUUUUAAAAUAAAAAGACAAACAAAUUACAUUGGAAAA